AUGGUUCGAGGGUGCGGCCUUGGUCAUCAUAUCGAUAGUAGCGCGGUGAUUCCUGAUCAGGUUCUGACUGGUGAUCAGCCUAAUCCUGCGUAUCAUGUUUGGCUAAAACAAGAUCAACUUGUGUUAGGUUGGAUUGUUGCUUCAGUCUCAGAAGGUAUUUUACCUCAAUUGGUUGGUGCAGAGACGACUCACAAAGCAUGGAGCAAACUCGUGGCGGCCUAUGCAUCUGGUUCAAAGCCACAAAUUCGUGAGUUGAAAAUAAAAUUACACACAUUACAGAGAGAUAAUGCAAGUAUCGAAACCUAUGUGCAACAUGCAAAGGGUAUUGCAGACAAGUUGGUUGCAUUGCAACAUCUUGUUACUGAUGAUGACUUGGUAGAAUUCAUUGUCGCUGAUUUGGGACCAACCUAUCGUCCUUUUACAAGAUCGCUUGAAUCGCGUCAAGAGGAUAUUUCUUUUGAUGCUUUAUACGAAUUGUUGUUGAAUGAAGAAUGA